UUAUAUUUAAAUAAUUUUAUAAAUGGCUGUUGCUGAAAAGAGACUAAUUGAUGAGUAAGAAAUCUAUAAUAGAAUAGAUAUUUCAAGGUUGAGGAUAUUGAUUAGGCUGGAUAGUCAUUCAAAAGAGUGUCAAGAAUAAAAUGCAAAUCAAAGUCAGGGGAAGUUGAUAUGGAAUUAGAUGUCAAUAUAGAUAUCUAUCCAAUAGAUAAAGGUAGUGAAUAUAGAGUCCUUAUUGUUAGAUCUUUAGGAAUUUCAUAAGAAAUGGAUUAAGUAAAGAUUGUUCAAUAUUUAUAGGGUAAAUAUAAACCUGAAUUUUCAUAAAUCGACAAUGAAUUGUUGGAAAAAUUUUAAUAUGCAAUGUUUGGUCGAGUAUUUAAAAUGAUUAAAGAACAAAAUAAAAUGAUAAAUGUUUUUGCUUCUUUUGGUGGUUUAAUUCUAAAGUUAAGUGGUAAAUCAGAAGAGUUAGAUAAAUUUGCUGAUGAUUAAAGAGUAUAUUUAUUGAUGAGAAAGGCAUGAGAAAACAUUAUAAUUUUUAUUAUUUUAUUU